GAAACUUGGCACUCACCCAAAAUCAAGGUAAAUACUGGAUUUAAAUAGAUAUGAUUUACCUGUGUGCAAAGCAAUGGAAAGACAACUAAACAAUCGUUACAGUAAAUGGUGAACCCUAAAACAUGGAAAGCAACCCUCAGCGUCGUCAGUCUACAGAAAGCAGUGGCAGUGAUGGUGAUUAUGAGACACCAGAGGAGGCGGAUGAUAGACAAGAGUCCUCAGACGAUGGUAAUGAUACAUUUUUUGAUGUAGCAGAGACAACGGAUGAGGCAACAGUGGAAGAGGCAGACACGGAGACGAAACCUUGCACUGAAAUCAGAACGGAAACAGAAAAUUCAAAUAAGGACGUAACCCAGGCAGAUGCCAAUUUACCGGCGAAGAGAUGGGAUACCUUUGGCACAAAGAUUGAUAGCGCAAUGCAGUCAGACUCAAUAUCGCAGGCUUUAAUUAGUACGUUGCAAACACUUGUACCGAUUUACAUUAAUACGCCAGCAAGUUUAGAGGGAACAAACAGAUGGAUCACAAGAGACAAGUGGAUUUCCGUAUUAUUUCAUGCGCUGCUUGCACCAAAUAUCAAAUUUAAUCCCGAGACUGAUAGAGUUCGAAUUUAUAUAUGGAGCGAGCCAAACAUUGUAUUGAAUGUGAUCGACGCUACAUUCGUUUGUGUAAGGAGUGACGCAAAAAAUGCAGCUGAGGUUGUAUCUGUUGCAAACUUUAAAUCCCAGAGUACCUAUGGUGUGGUGACUUACCAAUACUAUGUUGAAAGAAAAGGCAUAACAUCAAAAGGAACUCCCCGGAAGCCCUUAUGGGAAGAAGUCUAUAAUAAAAAGAGGCAGAACAGAAGACAACUGAAUUUUGUGAUUGUAAAAAAUUUCAAAGUGAGUUUUGAUCAAUACGAUGGAUUCGUAUACAGACCAGAUAAAUCCGUAAUGAAGAGCAGUUGGUCGCCUUGGAAAACAUUCAAAGGACUUCUUCUAGGAACAAAUAAAAACGAGGAUGCCGAAAUCGUGACAAAAGCGUUUGGAAACAGUAUUGUACAUGUCCUGCUGAACAAUGGAGAAGGAACAUUAUCAUUAGUGAAAGCUUUUAAUAAAACUGUCAAUUUGGUCAGCUUUGUGGAACAGACAUAUGAAGUCAAAGAUAGAGUGAUGAUAAAUACUGUUUUGAAAAACGCUUACAUGAACAUACUGGAGGCGUGUAUCAAGAGUAAUCAACCAAGCAAUGCACUGAAAAGAUUCAAAGUUGCAAUUUUGUUGAUUAAACUCCGUUACCGGCUUGGAAUCCUAGCAACAGAUAAGUCAGAUAUUCGCCUAAUAUGCAAAGGCUUCCUUCCGACUGUAGAAGAAGAACAAACUGUGUCAAAAGAAUGGGAAUUCUUACUUCAAAAUUCCGAUGUAGAUUACAGACUUGAUCUUAAAAGCAAACUGUUGACGUUAGCAGAAUUGAUAUGUAGAGGUAGUAUUCAGGAAAAAAAUCCAGUCUGGCUGUACUUGGUUCCUAUCAUACAUUACCUAGAAGGGACAUGUAAACCACAUGACGAAAUGUCCAUGAACUUUAACCACAAUGCAACAAAGCCGACGUGGUGGGGACUUUCGGAAGCACUAGAACAAAUAGUGAAAUUAUUCAAAGGACAAGUGGGAAGAAACUGGACGAUGUCUCUCAGGGACGUCAUUGAGGACUUGCAACCGAUAUUCAAGCAAGACUUUUUACUGCCAAGAACGAUAAUGGCAAGCCUACUUUUUCAAGAAACAAAAGAUGCUAUUGACACUCACAGGUUUCCACCAGAAGUCUGUUUUGCUGCAUUGUACUACUAUUUGAAGUGCUGUUCCAAACAUGAAGAAGAUCAACUAGACAGAUGUCUUGCGUCGUUGCUGGACCAAGUUGAAAGUAGCGGCAAUAAGAAAGACAAGCAACAGAUCUGUGUCCAAAUUCAGAUAUCAAUAGACAUGCUAUAUGAAGCAUUAAGGAGGUCACAUCUUGGAAUUGUGUCCAAGUCUACCAAAAUAUUGCUAUGGCUGAUCGCGUUCAUGGACCCGCUUUUUGAAGACUGCGGAAUACCAAAAGAACUGAGAGAGGGCAAGUUCGAUUUAUCAGUUAUAAUCGAUAAAAUCUGCGAAUGGAUUAAAACUAACAAGUACAGCAGAGAAACACUACCGGAAUAUGUCAAGACCUGGGACUAUUUCUUUGUACCAGUCAAUAUCCCUAGAACAGCUAACAUUAACUGGUGGACUGAGUGCAUAACAAAAUCACUUAAAAACCGAGUUCAAGCUGUGUUAAAGACACACAAAAAAACUUUUCCGAAGACUCUUGUUCAGACAUAUUGCUCUGAAAUAGACGGCUGUAGUCAGCUGUUUCGAGACAUAUUGACACCGAUUGUCUGUAAAGUUAUGGUAGAUACAGAAACAAUCAUGUCAAUGAAGAUGCACGUUCAGGAACAGCAAGUUCUCCUUGAUUUAAUGUCAUUGACGUUUGUCAAAGAAUGUGAAAAGAUAACAAAGAUGCACGGAAACUUUGGCCUCAACGCUAUCCUGAAGUGGCCAUCUUUGCCAAUGUUUCUUAACGUGCUAUACAGAAACAAAGGUAUCGGAAAGUUGAAUACUCAGUGCGAAGACAAAAUUUUGCUCGUAGAAACUUCUGUGUGUUUUUACGUACGGCUACUGCAAAGGGGCAGUAUAAAAGUCAGUGAGCUCGGUCUUCUACACGAACAUGAAGCUGUAUUUGUGGCUCUGACAGAACUAAUACGAAUGCAGGAGAACGUUAAAGAACUGAUAGAAACAAGAACAUGGGAAUUGAACCGUUUCAUGGAGAUAAGAGCAGAUUUAUUGACCCUUAAAGCCGUCUGCGAUGCCUUUGAUGAUGUCACUGUGAUCACAGAACCAAUAGAUACAAUACUACAGAAGGAUUUAGAUAAGAGCUUUUUGAACGAACUUGUGAUUAUAUCAGAUGUAAGUCCUACCAAAAGGCAAGGCAUCACCGUAGUUUCAGAACAACUAAAGGACCACGUUUUGAGUAUGAUUUCCAAAAUCGGCAAUUUGGACGACAGCAUCUGCUUUCGAAUCCAAUGGAAAGAUAUAGCAGCACUUAGACUAAAUAAGGAUUCAAUCAUUAGUCUCGAGGAGUUGCAUGACAAUGUGUACGAACCUGUCGUAGAAAGAUUACAUGAAAUAGAAAAAGGAAUUAGCACUGGCUCAAUAACUUUUAAUGAAAUGGAAAAACUCAUUGGGCAGUACUAUGAGGACAAUUUGGAGCAAAUGACAUGUGAACUGACCAAAGUGUGCUUAAAUACGAGUGGCAAAACUGUCCGACACCGCAUCGAACAAUACAAGCAUGGAAAAGAUAUUAUCCUUUCAGCUGAAAUAGCAAGGGAGAUUAUGGAUAUUCAAAUCAUAUAUGGGUUAUCUGGAGACUUUCAACAGAUUGAAAAGAUUUGUAGUCUUGACAUUCAAAGUCUUCCACUGAAUGAAAUCAAAGGUGAUCUUAUCAAAACCAGCAAAGCUUUAUGUAGCUUUUCUAAAACAAAACUUACUUGUUUGAAGAAGUUUGCAAAAUGUCACGAGCUUGUGUUAUGGCUACAAGAGUCAAUGUCCCAAGAUGGACUUCGAGAACUCAAGGUGUUCGUGGAUUUAGCGAUGAUGUCCGCUGGAGAUGACACAGAGAAAGUGAGCAGAGUGCAAAGCUUGCAUGCUGGUGUUACUGGAUACUCAUCACUCGUAUUUGGCCUUCAGCAAGACUCAGAUUAUGUGCAGUUUAUCAAUCAGUGUGUACCAGUGUUUCAUGAACUAGACAAUACACCACUCUUGCCGGAAAAACUGGAACAUGCUAACAGAUUCCUCCACUGGUUCAAAGAAAUUGAACAAGCUCAUGGUGCAGUCGAAGUUACCUCUUUUGUGCAAGCUGAAGUCAUCAACGAAUGCGGCAUUUAUAAGAUAGGAACACAUGUCUGGGAUAGACCGAACGAUUCUGACUUUAACGUUUUCAACUCUACAGUUGCAGAAUUGACGGAAAUCAAUCAGAUUCUUAAACUUACCGUACUUGUUGACAAAAGCCACGAAGUACCAAAAGAAUAUACCUACGAUAAGUUACAAGACCUGCAGAGUCGAUUGAUGUUGGUUGCCGGAGAGGCUGAGAAUAGCAAAAGGAGUGUCGAGCGUUUCAGCUUGGUUCUCGAUGGAGUCGUAAGACUGUGCAACAUCUACAUGAAGUUGGUUAGAUCUGGUUGCAUGUUGUUUCAAAAUUUUGCAAUAAAACUGUAUUGUGAUACAAACCCAGAUCGUCCCGUCUGCGCUAUACUCGAGUUUGAAAACGAAAACAUACGUCAACUUAAGUGUCGGAAGACAGCUGAUGAACAAUUGGAGGACGUUAUGCACAAGAUGGCUUCUUCCAUGGAGAGAUACUUGACAGAAUGGUUAGAUUAUGUAGACAGCAAUCGUAAGAAGUAUCCAGAACUCAAUUACUUUACAAUAAAUCAGUUGGUUAUAUUAAAGAGAGAAAUAGCGAAGAUCAAUGACAACAAAGAGCCGACACAUUUGCUCUAUCCAAUACUUCAUGAUUUGAAGAAAAAUUGUAAACCAGAUGAUGUAAAGGAAGCUCAUAUCUUAGCAACACAGGAACUAGAAACGCAGGCAGAACAAAAAGGAAAGAACGAAGUUGCUGAGCCCGUUGAAACAGACAAGGAUUCAAAGGAAAAUGAGUUUGUUCAAGCUCUUAUUGAUGCUGAAUACAGCCGUUUAGUACCAUUUGCGCUUCAAAAGUUUUCUCCAGAUUUCAACAUAAGUGAAGGAUUGUGUUGGUGUCUGGAAAACGAAGAAAAUGUUGAACAGAAGGAAGCCGCACAAAGUGAAACAAUUAUACAAGAAACGGAACUGGGAUCAGUUGUACCUGAUUCGGCAAAAAAUCUUAUAUCCAUAGAUGCUGUCAUAUUGAGAGCGAUGGAUGAUAGCAGCCAAUUUGAUAGAUGUGAAGCUAUGCUGUCAAAGCUUAAUGAGAUUUGGAAUGACUUUAUUCAGUCGAUUUCAACAAACAUGAAAGGCUUCAUUAGUCUGAAUCACCUUGGAAGUCUUCUGCGACAAUUGUCUUGCAACGAUAAAAACACAAUACGACGGUCAUUACCUCCAGGGUUCUCUGAUUGUUCCCCAAAUUUAAUAGUGUGUCAAAAAGACGAUAUCUUGUACCAAGCACUAUCACUGUACCUGACGGACAACGAUCAGCCACUUCCCCAGGCGGAUGAAAUUCUGACUUGCUCCGCAAGCACUACCUUUGAGCAGGUUGACAUAUUUCUUCGAAGAGCAUUUUUUAACGCUGAUGGUAAAAUUCAUUGCCUAAUGAAUGCUGAUUCAAUGGAUUUAACUUUAUGCGAAAGUGUAGAACAGAAGCUUCAAACAUUCCAACGCGUUGCUGGAAAAAAAGCAAAAUACAGAUUAGUCAUCAUUUGCGACGCAGAGAGUGAGAACAAAUCCAUCAUCAUUUCUUCGCUCGAUAAAUUUCGGAGGGCAACAGGCUCAACGAAUGAAGAAAAACUCUCUUCUCUUUUGUCUUCAAAACUGCAAAUGUGUGCAAAAGAGGAAACCGCCGCUGUUGUUGAUAUUCAGAAUUCAACGGUACGCGUGAUAACAUCGACCAGAAGUGGAGCUGGCAAGACGCUAUACAAGAUAAGAAGGGACGAACAGCUACACAAACUUACAAACUCUCGAGGCUCGAUGAGCAUAUCUUUGCCAUUACAGGAGAAAGUUAUCAAUGUAAACUUUGUAACUGGGCAUCUCCUUCCACAUGUAGAAGAGCCAUACCAGGAGAAAUGCAAAAUUUAUCAUAUUGAUAUUACAAAUGAGGUGAAAGUUGGUAUAGACUAUUUCUUGUUCAACUUACUUAUCCUUGGAUGUUUGGUGGAUAAAUCCGGUUACGUUUGGAGAAAAAUGCAGAAGGAUUUGUAUUUAAUAGAGACAAUGGGACUAGGAUAUUCAACAGAGUGUCAAAUUCUGGCUCUUCUACCAAAAGUUGUUUGUAGAACCCCAAAUGAAUGUUUAGACGUAUGGAAUGGACGAGCAUCAGAUGGUUACAGUGAAUCUGACCAGCUGUUUGAUGAAGAAGAAUACGAGAGUGAUACGUAUCAAAAAGCAUACUCGUGUUUAAGAAGUAUUGACGGCGAAAGGACAGCAGACACUUCAACAAGGCACUGUAUUGAAACCUUGAUAAGACAUUGUGGCGUGUCAAACCCGUCUUGGUCUGAAAUUCAUCAUUUUGUGAAGUUUCUGUACAGGCAAUUACUUGACUUCGAGAAAAAUAAGAACGUGUUCUUCAGUGAGGCUGCACAAGAUAUACUGCCUGGAUUUUCAAUGUUCGUCCAACGGUGUCUACUUCCGAUGUCGAGGGACUUUUCUAGCCGUUCCCUUAAUAUAAGUGAGGAGAGUAGUGAACACAGAAAUGGGGAUGUCAAAAAAGAACUACAUAACUACCAGAUGAAGAGGACGUGGGAAAGCAGCCCACAUCCGUAUUUGUUUUUUAAUGAGGACGGUGAAACAUUUACAUUCCUUGGAUUUAACAUCAACGCGUAUGGUGAUCUAGUAGACAUCGAGACCAAUGCUAUUCUUGAGCGUCGUAUUAUGUCACCAGAUUUGUGCCAUGCUCUUAUUGCAAAUAAAGUGCCGAUAAAAGAGGAUUUUGAUAAAUUGCUCAGGAAGCAGAAGAUUGAACGACUGUGUAGAGUAAUGGGUGUAGACGCACAUAAAGAAGCGGUAUAUGACAAUACGUACGAGUUGACGACAGACAACUGCAAAAAGAUAAUGGCUGUUUAUAUGCGAUUUAGGUGCGGUAUACCUGUCAUUGUCAUGGGAGAAACAGGAUGUGGAAAAACCCGACUCGUGAAGUUCUUAUGUGAAUUGAUGGUUCCGAGGGACGAAAAAACGCACAAACCUAAAGCUAGAAACAUGAUCAUUAUGAAGGUUCAUGGUGGCGUUUCCAAUGAAGAUAUAAAAUCCAAAGUUAAAGAAGCAGAAACAGUGGCCAUUGAAAACAGAAAAUUCAGGGAAGAUAUGUAUACUGUCCUGUUCUUUGACGAGGCAAACACAACCGAGUCAAUAGGUCUUAUAAAAGAGAUCAUGUGUGAUCAUACAAUGGAAGGCAGGCCCUUAGAUAUUUGUAAAAAUUUGAAAUUUGUAGCAGCAUGUAAUCCAUACCGAAAGCACCCAGAUGAUCUUAUAAAAAAAUUAGAUAAAGCAGGGUUAGGAUAUCACGUGGCUUCUACUCAUACAAAGGAUAGAUUUGGUAAAAUACCCAUGCGGCAUUUGGUAUACCGAGUUCAGCCAUUGCCCCAAAGUCUUAUGGCCUUCGUGUGGGAUUUUGGUCAGCUUGACUCUUCCGUAGAAAAUUUGUAUAUUCGGCAAAUGGUUCGACGAUAUAUGAUUAAUGGUGAUAUGAGCGCAUCAGUGGUACGGAAGUAUGGCAGGCUUAGAUAUGAUGAACAUUUACUGGAUGUGAUAAGCACCAUUUUGACAGCAUCGCAAGACUACAUGAGAAACCUAAAGGAUGAGUGCAGUUUUGUCUCACUUCGAGACGUUGAGAGAACACUACAAGUGAUGUGUUGGUUUUAUAAUAAGAGCAAGGGAAAAAGAACAAUGUUUAACCUGGCGGAAAAGAAAAUGCCACAACGAUGGAAGAGAAUAACUGACGAAACAAGAUCCUUGAUACUUGCUCUUGGUGUUUGCUAUCAUGCCUCACUUACAACCAGAAAUGAUUACAGAAGACAUAUUGUGAAAUAUUUCAAAGAACCAUGUGCGCUGGCAGGUGAUUCUGAUCGUUUUCUAGCCGAAAUUGACUGUUUUGAAGAAGUUGUUCUGGAUUCUCUUGAACUUGAAGAGAACAUUGCUCGUAAUCAGGCAUUGAAAGAAAAUGUGUUUAUGAUGGUAGUUUGUAUAGAACUGAGAAUACCACUGUUCUUGGUGGGAAAGCCUGGCAGUUCUAAAUCUCUGGCUAAGAUUAUUGUUACAGACGCUAUGCAAGGAAGAGCAGCAAAAAGCCAAAUGUUUAAAGAGCUGAAACAGGUCCAGAUGGUAUCAUUCCAAUGCAGUCCACAUUCUACAGCAGCUGGUAUUGUUUCCGCCUUUCGACAGUGUGCGAAUUUUCAAGAAAACUAUCAAGAAAACUUAGACAAGUUCGUGUCCGUAGUUGUGUUAGAUGAAAUUGGUCUUGCGGAGGAUAGCCAAAAGAUGCCAUUGAAGGCUCUUCAUCCACUGCUAGAAGAUGGGUGUCAGGGAGAUGAAGUGCCACAAGAAUAUAUGAAGGUUGCCUUCAUUGGAAUUUCCAAUUGGAGUCUAGAUCCUGCAAAAAUGAAUCGUGGUUUGUUUGUUCAAAGAGAUGUUCCGGAUGCAAAGGAAUUACAGACGACUGCAAAGGGAAUAUGUUCUUCAACAAAAUUUCUGAAUGACAACUUGAUCACACCACUAGCAUCUGCCUAUCUGAAGGUAUUUAAAAAGGCGUCUGAAGAAAAGCGUGAAUUCUUUGGCCUUAGAGACUUCUACAGUUUGAUGAAGAUGAUUAACACAUUAGUCAAGAGAUCUAAAGAACACCAUUACCCAACAUAUCGAAAGCUAAGAUUUGCCGUUAGACGGAAUUUUAGCGGCAUUGAAACUUUUGAUACAUUUGACAUAUUCCGACAGGAGGUCAAAAUUGUUCAAGAUGAAACGGCGAAGCCUGGAGAUCCAGAUGAUAGUUUUUCUGGACUUAUCAAGUCUUGGUUAAUGGACGAAGGCGAAAGUCGGCAUUUAUUGCUGCUCACCGAAAACUACAGUGCUCUGCCAAUGUUUGAACAACAAUUUCUAUCAAAGGCAUCUAUCAAACCGUUUGUCAUAUUUGGAAGUAGCUUUCGACGUGAUCAAGAAUACACCCAGGUGUGCCGGAAUAUCAACAGAAUCAAACUGUGCAUGGAAACAGGCAGUUUAGUAAUACUCAUAAACUCAGACAAUCUGUAUGAAAGCCUGUAUGACGCUUUGAAUCAAUAUUAUGUUUACUUUGGAGGAGAACGAUACGUUGAUCUGGGACUAGGGACACAUAGGGUUAAGUGUCCUGUACACAGAGAUUUUAAGCUGAUAGUGGUAGCAGAAAAAGAGACAGUUUACAGAAAGUUUCCGAUUCCACUGAUAAAUAGGCUUGAAAAACACUGUCUUAGCUCAAGUACUUUACUGUCUGAAGGACAGAAAUUCCUAGCAGACGAAUUGAGCAUGUGGGUAGAGAAUGUUACAAUGGAAUCGUUGUCUCUGAGGAAUAAACAAGUGACAGAGAAUGACAUAAAGAAAUUAUUCAUCGGUUACCACCAUGAUGCAUGUUCUGCAGUUGCUCACCACAUGAUAAAGGAAGAAACAUUUAAAGACGAAGACUUGUAUUCUCAAGCAUUUUCGGAUUCAAAGGAAAUUUUGUUGUGGUGUGCAACACCUGAUGCAAUAGUAAGAGUGACAUCAGACAGGAACGAAAUUCAAGACAUCUACUUCAACAAGCAAGCUCAUGAUAGUAUCAGUGACUACCUAAUGUGUCAGUUCAAAAGGCGUAACUGUAAUCGACUUUAUGCACAGAUUACCACACACUCAACGCUUUUGACAGUUUCACACAAACCGGCUCUUGGUGAAGCUACCGGUAUUUCUCCAAAUAGAAUAUUACUUCUCGAAGCUUUGUCAUCCUACGAUACAGAGCAACAGUUCAACAGCAAGAUAAAGGAGCAUAUCAGACGUUGUGGAAAGGAACCUUCACUGCUGGUGGUUCAGUGUCAUUCCGGGGACAUGAAUGUCAAUUUGAUUGCAUGCGCUAAAUACAGUAUUUUGGACGUAUGUGCAAGUUACCCUUCGGUCAGUUUACUAAUCAUUGUACAGUUAACGCCGAUGGAGACUAAAUGCUUUCAAAGUUUGCAGUGUGGGGAGUGGCACUCUGCUCAUAUUGACAAUUUGUACAGUUCAGUGGUCGAUAUGCCUCGGCUACUAUCUAUGGAAGGAACUCCACUGAGUGCACUUCUCAACGAAGAUUGGAAAAGCUGA